AUGGCGUCUGCUAUUCCUGUUGGCGUCUACGGACGUCGCAUUCCGGCUGGAGGCAUUCCCAUUCUGGCUGCUGUUGACCAGUCCACCACUUUCAGAAUUACGAUGGCUGCCAUCGAUCCAGAUGCUGAGCCACAGUUUGAUGAGGACCAAAAGCAUGCUCGCGCAACCUUGAAGCUCAUCCGUAUCCCUGAUGACUUUGACAUGGAAGAUGAUGAUGAUGAGGACUAUGAGGAGGGUGACAUUGAGGCAAUCGCUGCUCGUCUGCGUGCAGCUGGUGCGCUUCCCGAGGCUGACUCGGACCUUUCCGAUGACGACAGCGAGGAUGAGAAGAACGGCGGUCCUAGCGACCCAGCCAAGUCAAAGAAGGCCAAGCAAGCUGCUCUUACCAAGAAGAUGCAAGAAGAGCUUGAGGCCGAUGACAUGGACAUUGACGGCUUGACCAACGGUGCUAAGGGUAAGGCCAAGGGCAAGGCCAAGGUUACCGACGAUGAUCUGAGCGACGAGGAUGACGAAGAUGACGAAGACGACGACGAUGAGGAUGAGCCUGAAGAGCUUGUUCUCUGCACACUUGACCCUGAGAAGCACUACCAGCAACCUCUCGACAUCACUGUCCGCCAGGGCGAGGAGGUCUACCUUUGUGUCACCGGCACGCACGACGUCUACGUCACCGGUAACUAUGUUGCGUUCCCUGAAGACGAGGACAGCGAGGAUGAGGAAGAUGACGGUCUUGACGAGCUCGGCUACGAUCUGUCUCCCGAUGAGGAUGAGCUCGAUGGUAUGGACGAAUCAGAGGACGACGAGCUCGAUGGCAUGAGCGACCCCAGAAUCACUGAGGUUGACAGUGAUGAGGAGGAGGAGGUUCCCAAGCUUGUUGAAGCUAGCAAGAAGAGCAAGAAGCGUGCUGCUGAGGAGGAGGCCAGCCUUGAUGACAUGAUCAGCAAGACUAACGGCGACGCUAAGCUCAGCAAGAAGCAGGCUAAGAAGCUGAAGAAGAACGAUGGCCAAGCUGUCGCUAGCGCUGCUGAGCCAGAGAAGAAGGCUGAAAAGGUUGAGAAGAACGACACCCCAAGCAGCGACAAGAAGAAGGUUCAGUUCGCUAAGAACCUCGAGCAGGGCCCAACUGGCUCCCCAAAGGUCGACGCACCCAAGCCAGAGGCAAAGAAGGAGGCUACCAAGGGCCCUCGCAAUGUCAGCGGCGUCAUUGUUGAUGACAAGAAGGAGGGCAAGGGCAAGGCCGCCAAGAAGGGUGACCGUGUCGAGAUGCGCUACAUUGGCAAGCUGAAGAACGGCAAGGUUUUUGACUCCAACAAGAAGGGCAAGCCUUUCUCUUUCAAGCUCGGCGUCGGCCAAGUCAUCAAGGGCUGGGACGUUGGUGUCGCUGGUAUGACCCCCGGCGGCGAGCGUCGUCUCACUAUCCCUGCUGCGAUGGCAUACGGAAAGAAGGGUGCUCCUCCGGACAUCCCACCCAACUCUGACUUGAUCUUCGACAUCAAGUGUAUCUCUGUCAGCUAA